CGUCAUAAGGAAUCGCCUCCCUUGGUGGGUGUCUGAUGCUCAUCCCUGCUGGAUUCGCCUCCGGGAUCAAGAGAAGGCUGCCCCCUGGACAUGGGCUCCCCAGAAACUUGCUGGGCGUGUGCUGAACACUGAGCUCCGUCUAUGACCCCGGUGCGAGGCUUCCUCCCAAGCCCGCCACCCCUCCUGGGUCCUCGGCCCCCCAGAAAGCCCUUUCUCCCCGCGGGCUGGCUCCCCGACUCUGCCGCCUUGCCGUUGUGUGUCCCAGACGCCUGCGGAUGGAACUGUGAACAAUGUCGAGACCCGGGGGACUGUUAUGGCUUCCCCUGUUCUUCACCCCGGUCUGCGUCAUGGUGAGCCACCACGCCCCGCUGUGGUUGACGGCCCUCGCCAUCAAGUUGACGCUCGUCGGCGGCCAGGCGCAGUAUCCCGUCGUCAACACGAAUUACGGCAAAAUUCGAGGCCUAAGAACACCUCUGCCCAAUGAGAUUUUGGGUCCCGUGGAGCAAUACCUGGGGGUCCCGUACGCCUCACCGCCCACGGGGGAGAGGCGGUUUCAGCCGCCGGAGCCUCCCUCCUCAUGGCCUGGGGUCCGCAACGCCACCCAGUUCGCCUCUGUGUGUCCCCAGCACCUGGACGAGAGGUCCCUGUUGCACGACAUGCUCCCCAUCUGGUUUACCGCCAAUCUGGAUACUUUAAUGACGUACGUGCAAGACCAGAAUGAAGACUGCCUCUAUCUGAACAUCUACGUGCCCACGGAGGACGACAUUCACGAUCAGAGCAGCAAGAAGCCGGUGAUGGUGUACAUCCAUGGCGGGUCGUACAUGGAAGGGACCGGCAACAUCAUCGACGGCAGCAUCCUGGCCAGCUACGGGAACGUCAUUGUGAUUACCAUCAACUACCGGCUGGGGAUCUUAGGGUUCUUAAGUACCGGUGACCAGGCAGCCAAGGGCAACUACGGCCUCCUGGAUCAGAUCCAAGCGCUUCGAUGGAUCGAGGAGAACGUCGGGGCCUUUGGUGGAGACCCCAAGCGCGUGACCAUCUUCGGCUCCGGAGCGGGGGCUUCAUGCGUCAGUCUAUUGACUUUGUCGCACUAUUCAGAAGGGCUGUUCCAGAAGGCGAUCAUCCAGAGCGGGACCGCCCUGUCCAGCUGGGCCGUCAACUACCAACCUGCCAAGUACACUCGGAUAUUGGCAGAUAAAGUCGGCUGCAACAUGCUGGACACGACGGACAUGGUUGAAUGCUUGCGGAACAAGAAGUACAAGGAGCUCAUUCAGCAGACCAUCACCCCCGCCACCUACCACAUCUCCUUCGGCCCCGUCAUCGACGGUGACGUCAUCCCCGACGACCCGCAGAUCCUCAUGGAGCAGGGCGAGUUCCUCAACUACGACAUCAUGCUGGGCGUCAACCAGGGCGAGGGCCUGAAGUUUGUGGACGGCAUCGUGGACAACGAGGACGGCGUCACGCCCAACGACUUCGACUUCUCCGUGUCCAACUUCGUGGACAACCUGUACGGCUACCCGGAGGGCAAGGACACCUUGAGGGAGACCAUCAAGUUCAUGUACACGGACUGGGCGGACAAGGAGAACCCCGAAACGCGGCGGAAGACCCUGGUGGCGUUGUUCACCGACCACCAGUGGGUGGCCCCCGCCGUGGCCACCGCCGACCUGCACGCCCAGUACGGGUCGCCCACCUACUUCUACGCCUUUUAUCACCACUGCCAGAGCGAAAUGAAGCCCAGUUGGGCAGACUCGGCCCACGGUGACGAGGUCCCCUACGUGUUCGGCAUCCCCAUGAUCGGCCCAACGGAGCUGUUCAGCUGCAACUUCUCCAAGAACGACGUCAUGCUCAGCGCGGUGGUGAUGACGUACUGGACGAACUUCGCCAAAACUGGUGACCCCAAUCAGCCUGUUCCUCAGGAUACCAAGUUCAUCCACACGAAACCCAAUCGCUUUGAGGAGGUGGCCUGGUCCAAGUACAACCCGAAAGACCAACUGUAUCUGCACAUUGGCCUGAAGCCCAGAGUGCGGGAUCACUACCGCGCCACCAAGGUGGCUUUCUGGUUGGAGCUCGUGCCCCACCUGCACAACCUGAAUGAGAUAUUCCAGUACGUGUCCACCACCACCAAGGUCCCUCCUCCAGACAUGACCUCCUUUCCCUACGGGACCCGGCGGUCCCCUGCCAAGAUCUGGCCCACGACCAAACGCCCGGCCAUCACCCCAGCAAACAAUCCCAAACACUCCAAGGACCCCCAUAAAACAGGGCCCGAGGACACCACCGUCCUCAUCGAGACGAAACGGGACUACUCCACCGAGCUGAGCGUCACCAUCGCCGUGGGGGCCUCCUUGCUCUUCCUGAACAUCUUGGCCUUUGCGGCCUUGUACUACAAGAAGGACAAGCGUCGCCACGAGACGCACCGGCGCCCCAGCCCCCAGAGGAACACCGCCAACGACCUGGCUCACAUCCAGAACGAAGAGCUCAUGUCCCUGCAGAUGAAGCAGCUGGAACAUGACCACGAAUGUGAGUCCCUGCAGGCUCACGACACGCUGAGGCUCACCUGCCCGCCGGACUACACCCUCACCCUGCGUCGGUCUCCGGAUGAUAUCCCGCUUAUGACACCAAAUACCAUCACCAUGAUCCCAAACACACUGACGGGGAUGCAGCCUUUGCACACAUUCAACACCUUCAGCGGAGGACUCAACAGUACGAAUUUACCCCACGGGCAUUCCACCACGAGAGUAUAGCUUUGCCGUUGUCCCCCCUCCCCCCACGCCUCCCAUCCGCCGCAUUGCAGAGCGAGAAAAACCAGAAGCAGCAUCUCCACCCGAGGACUGUUCUGCAUCCCACCAACUUAGGACAAAAAACAAACAAAAACCCAACAGCACUAAAGGGCAGUCCACCAUUGUGUCCCUGUUGAUCCAUUCCAUUGGCAUUUCCCCGUAUGACCAGAUCAACUUCUGACCCUACGAAAUGUGAAAAGUAGACAUUGCCGUCAUAAUUCUGCUUCUCGUCCCCCACCCCCACCCCCUUGAACGUUCCCUGUGAUGAAGACAUCACCCCUCCAAGGACCUGGGUGUUUCCAAAUGAACAAUACAAGCUGAGACUUUUGGAACUUAGCCAGGGACCCGUAAUUUUAUUUUUAAAUGACGCUUUCAAAAAAUAAUAAUAAUAAUAAUAAUGAAAGUUCUUUCCAUGCUGUGGAACAGAUGGCUGUACGUACGUGAAGAAAGAGUCUGUGCGGUUGUACCCGGCAUGUGGAACUGGACUCCGGCGAGAAAGAAAAGUAGCCUUUUAUGAUUAAAACAAAGCAACGGACUCUGCAGUCCCCGACGUAUAGUUCUGUGCAAAGAGAUGUUUUUGCCGGCCUGAACUAUAUUUAAGAAACUUUGUAAAAAUAAAGAAACAACUUGUAUAUAGCUAU